UGUUUAUCAAUGCGAGCAGAGAGGAGGAGGCAGCACCUAAAGGACCAUGGCCUCUCCCAUGCUUCUGCUGCAGCUGCUGGCUCUGGUCUCAAGUGUGUCUGCAAGUGUUUAUUAUGGUGGAUCAGUAACAUACACCCCAAAAGGCCGGAACACAGACGGGACGUUUGUGAUGGAGAUUCGCAACAAGCAAACCAAUAUCGUCUGCACUGAGAAUUACUACAAGUGUAUCAGCGGGGACUGUGGCACCUUAAUCAACCGUACAAUUGAGACUAUUUCUGUCAAUUCCUAUGGUUAUACCUGGUGCCAUCGCGAGGUGGUGACUCAGCUAAAACUCUACGACAACCGGCCCUUUGCCAUUAGAUACCCUACCUAUUAUGACUGGUAUUCUAAAACUGGAUAUUGGGCCUGGAGCACUAAGCAUCAAAAUAGUCCGUGGAAAAUGGUGGCUCAUGUUGACCUGGGAAUCCGAUCCGAUACUGGACUACCCAACAGAUCUCCCACCAUUACAGCCAUUCCUCCAAUCCGAAUAACCCGGAACUGUGCAAGGAAGUUCAGUCUGAUGGCGUUUGAUCAUGAUGACGACCAGGUUAGAUGCAGGUUUGGAACAUCCGAGUUAUCUGAGUGUGGUGCGUGCUACAAACCCUCGGGUUUCUCCUUAGAUGAGAAUUCCUGCACCCUGUCAUAUACCUAUGGUACAGCUGGAGUCAAUGUAUUUGAACUCGUCGUGGAGGACUUCCCCAAAAGACCUGUGUAUGUCUACUACUCGGAUGGAUCCUACACAUUAAAAAGACCCCCUCCAGUUCAGAGGCGGAGACGUGACAUAACUACCAAUGCGACUCUACCCUCACUGAACAGCACUGCAACUGUAACAACAACAGCUGCACCGACAACAACAACUACAACAACAGCUGCACCAACAACUGCAAUAAAUGAUACUGCUGCACCACCAACAACAACGACUACAACUGCACCACCAACAACUACAACUGCACCACCAACAACAACGACUACAACUGCACCACCAACGACUACAACUGCACCACCAACAACAACUACUACAACUACACCACCAACAACUACAACUACACCAACAACAACGACUACAACAACAACUACUACUAUCCCCGAGCCCCAACCACCCUUCAACCACGGGCACUACUCUGCAUCAAUUCCUCCAAUAAGCAGAAUGCCUCUCCAGUUUGUUAUAUAUGUUGACUCACAUCACGCUCCGUCGUGUCUCGAUGGCGACUAUUUCCCUUUGUUUCUGUCUCCAACUCCACGAAAUGGAGUAAAUCUACCUGCAUUUGUCAACCGUACGCUUGAAAUCAGAGUCAGAGCCACUGCAAGGUACAGCAGCAUUAUUGGCCUCAUUGUUGUUGGACCUGCCGGUAUUACGAAAGUGAAAAACUCCAAAGAAGAAUACACCAUAAAAUGGAAACCGACUGAACAUGAAGUGAAUGACCAUUUCGCCAUUUGUUUUUACUUUGAGGCAAGAGACAGAUCCUACGUCUAUCAGUCCAAGCUGCGCUGCGUGGUUGCUGAUGUUGCACACCACAAUACCGUUGUUUACUGUAGUAGAUCCAUGAUGAAAGUUGAAGUGGAGAAGUCUUUCCUCAUCAAACGCCAUGAGAAGAAGCUACACCUGAAGGAGUACAGUGAUGCUGCCUGCAGCCUCAAGAAACACUCCAACAAUACCCACCUCGUCGCUAUCAUGUCGCUGAACACGUGUGGGACCACGCUGGAGGAGAUUGGAGAUAAUCUCGUCUUCGAGAACGAGAUCUCGUCUGCUGAGCCAAAACAAAUGGUCUCCAGGCAAGAUGACGUUGAGAUCUCCUUUUCCUGUAUCUUCCCCAAGCGAACCAACCUGACCCUGGGAUUCAGGCACAAGAACCCGUACGCCUUCUUAGAGAAGGGCUUUGGUUACUUCACCUACCAGUUUGAAUUCUAUGAGACCGAGCUGUUCAGAAAAGCGCUGGACCCCAGCACCUACCCAGUGGAAGUUAACCUCAAACAGAUGAUAUUUAUGCAGAUCGAGGCAAUCACUACCAUCCCCAACGCAAGAGUGUUCGUGGAGACCUGCAGGGCAACUCCAUAUGACAACCCAAACUCUCGCCUCAGCUACACCAUCAUUGAAAAUGGGUGUAAGAAGGACAGCACAGUGCAAGUUUACCCCAGCUCAAAGACUCAGUUCAGAUUUGGAGUUGAGACUUUUGAAUUCAUCGGUGUUCAUCCUGAGGUGUACAUCACUUGCUCAGUCAUCCUGUGUGAUACUGGUAUUCCUGGAACCCGGUGCACUGAGGGAUGCAAGAAAUCCGAAUCAGUGAACUAUCGUGGCAAAAGAGAAGCUUCUGGCCAGACUUCCAGUCACUCCAUUUCCCAGGGACCUUUGCACCUAGUUAAAACUUCUGACAGCCAAGUGUCUGGCACAAACCUGAAUCUGGGCACGAACCUGAUGUUGAUUGGUACCUGCUUCGUGGUAUGUGUAGGAGUGGUCAUCCACUUGAGGAGGUCCAAAGCUAAAUACCAGUUGCUGCCAAGUGUUGAAACGGACUAAGACGAGGAAAACCUUUCUUUUGUUUUUAUCCAAUCACACAAGUGAUGAUUCCAUUUUUGAUUUGCUGUAUGUUACUUUACUUUUGUUUCACGCCUGUUAGUCAUGAAGGUGGAUGAAGAAGGUUCAUGUAAUUUUUUGUUCUCACAUGAUUUACAUUAAAUUAGUCAGGCUCUGAAUGGGCACCAAUCAGCAUCUGUUAAUCACCUCAUACAUACAAUGAAAUAUAAGAUAUGUUACAAUUUCAAAAAAAUCAGCAGAGUGAAUAAAAUGAUUG